ACCUGACAAGGACCUCGCCAAGAUGGCCGGCUAAAGCUCCGUCCACAUACUCUUCUGUGUUGGCCAGCUGCACAAAAACAUGACAAAAAGUGGGACUUGCAGAGCACUGCGUGGAAAUGAAAGACUCUGCAGGUCUUGGAUCGGUGGCACACGAGCUGGACUUUCACUCCUCCUCCUACUCCUCCUCCUCGUUGCUCUUCUUCAGGCGCCGUGUGGGAUCAUGCUUGCUGCCGCCUCAGUCCUCCGCACGCCUCCGCCUCAGUCCUGCGCACGCCUCCGCCUCAGUCCACUGCACGCCUCCGCCUCAGUGGAUCUCAGCUGAGUGACAGAGAAAGUCCACACCGGAUUUGAACCCGCGCACCUUCCUUUGCACCACCUGCCCCCUUCCGUGCACCGCCUGCGGAUUGUACAGAAGCCCUCGUCAUGCUGCUGGUGCUGCUGAUGAGCGUUGUCAUGUCGUCAGGUGCAGAGGUGUUCCGUGCGGGCGUGGCUCCCCGCUGUGAGAGCCGGGCCUGCAACCCUCGCAUGGGCAACCUGGCCCUGGGCCGCCGCGUCCUGACCCAGACCGUGUGCGGCAACAACGGCACCGAGCCCUACUGCGCCCACGCCGAGCUGGGCCUGGCGUGCGGCGCCGCCAAGUGCGGCAAGUGCAACGCCGCCCUCCCGCACCUGGCCCACCUGGCCGCCGCCAUGUCCGACUCGUCCUUCCGCCACCCCGACACCUGGUGGCAGUCGGCGGAGGGCGUGGAGUCGGAGACGGUGCAGCUGGACCUGGAGGCGGAGUUCUACUUCACGCACCUCAUCGUGGUGUUCCGCUCAGCGCGACCCGCUGCCAUGACGCUGGAGCGCUCGCAGGACUUCGGGCGGACGUGGCGGAUGCUGCAGUACUACGCCGCUAACUGCAGCGCCGCCUACGAGCUCGCCGAGGGCAAGGCGGGCUCUGGGAGGGAUGGCGCCACGUGCACGUCCAAAUACUCCAAGGCGUACCCGUGCACUCGGGGAGAGGUGAUUUACCGGACUCUGCCCAAGUGGGAGUCCUUGGACCCCUUCGGCCCGGAGGGCCAGCAGCAGCUGCGGGUGACCAACGUCAGGAUCCGCCUCCUCCAGCGCCAGCCGUGCCCCUGCCAGGCCAAAGAGCCCGCCCCCUCGGGCGGGGAAGCCCCGCCCACCCGACACUUCGCCAUCUACGACUUGAUCGUGAAGGGCAGCUGCUUCUGCAACGGCCACGCCGAGCACUGCGUCCCCGCCGCGGGGUACCGACCCGUCCGGGACCGCACCAACCACGUGGUCCACGGGAAGUGUGUGUGCAGACACAACACGGCCGGCGAGCACUGCGAGCGCUGCGCCCCGCUCUACCACGACCGACCCUGGCAGCCCGCCGACGGCCUGACGGGGGCGCCGCACGAGUGCCGCAGGUGCAAGUGUAACGGGCACGCUCACAGCUGCCGCUUCGAUUGGUCGGUGUGGCGGGAGUCUGGCCAGCGCGGCGGCGGCGUGUGCGACUGUCUGCACAACACCGAGGGGCGCCAGUGUCAGAGCUGUAAGGCCGGCUUCUACAGGGACCCCCGGCGAGCGCACAACGCCCCCGACUCCUGCAAGCUGUGCAGCUGUCACCCUCUGGGCUCCAUGGCCUUCCACUCGGCGGGCGACUCCCUCUGCGACCCCGCCAACGGCAACUGCAUCUGCAAACCCGGAGUGGGCGGGGCUUCCUGUGACAGGUGCAUGGUGGGAUACUGGGGCUUCCACGAGUACGGGUGCCGCCCGUGCGACUGCGCUGGCGACUGCGACCCCUUCACGGGGGACUGUGUGCUGGGAUCCGACUUGUACAAUUUGGAGGGAAACUCCAGCGAGCCAAUCAGGAUCUUCCGAACGGAAGAGCUCUUCUCCGCCCUGCACUACUCAGAGAAGUGUGAGUGCAAAGAGCAGCCGCUGACCAACAGCAAACUGUUCUGCACCAUGAACUACGCUUAUGUGCUGAAGGUGAAGGUGCUGUCGGCGCACGACAAAGGUUCCCACGCCGAGGUGGAGGUGAAAGUUCAGAAGGUGCUGAGCCAGAAGGUGAAGAUACAGCGGGGGCGUGUCACUCUGUACCCCGAGUCCUGGACGGCACGAGGAUGCACCUGUCCCAUCCUCAACCCAGGGACGGAGUACCUGGUGGCGGGACACACGGACAGGAAGCAGGGUCACCUCCUGGUCAACAUGAAGAGCUUGGUCAAGCCUUGGAGGGCCAGCUUGGGCCGCAAAGUCCUCACGCUGCUCCAGAAGGACUGCAACUGGUAGACGGACAACACCCGGGGACAGAUGGACGGACGCUGGACUCAAAAGAGACGCCCUCCAUGCGUGGAUUAUUAUUGUUAUUAUUAUUAUUAUUGAUGAUGAUGAUGAUGAAACGGCACAGACUGACUGAAACGUGUCGGCGCUGAGUUCCUCUCUGCAGCACUUUACGCCACGAUGGACGGACGGAAUAUGGACGCACAAAGCGAGGACGCACACCGUGUGGACAAAACACGAAGCCAUACCAGAAGGUGGCCGCCAAGGUGAAUGUAUUAGCUUAGCACAGUCUUGCCUUUAGCCCGCAGACAACAACUGUUCCACGCACAGACAUCUUACAAGGAGACGCAGCAAGGAGCGACGAGACGCCGGGCCGCCAUCUUGGAGUGGUGAUCAGUGCAACUCAUUUGGCAGAAGCAAUGAACGGUCAGCGCAUUUCAUUCAUCUUACCUCACUGACUACCACUCAUUUUCACCCGCUUCUUUUGUCAUACGUGUAGCUAUGAAACAGGACACAUGUUUUAUUAUUCAUAGUUGGCUUAACAGUAAUAGAAUAUCCUUAUAUGCUAUAAGUCAGUGUUUUCAACCACUCUCUGUGAGAUACAGUCUGGUGAGUCGUGGAAGAUUAUGUCAUUUCACCUAUUUGGGUUAAAAAUAUUUUUUGCAAAAAAGUAAUUAUAGUCUGCAAAAGACGGGUUCUUGUUCAGUUUCUCGGAUGUCUAGAGUUGUCAGAGUAACCGUGUAAUACUCUUCCAUAUCAUAUUGCUUUGUAGAUGUCGGAAACAGCGGGAGGCAGGGUGCAGGUAAAAAUGUGUCUAAUGCUUAAACCAAAAGUAAACAAAAGCUGAGUGCCCCUAAGAAAAGGCAUUGAAGCUUAAGGAAGGCUAUGCGGAACGAAACUAAAACUGAACUGGCUACGAAGUAAACAAAAACAGAAUGCUGGACGACAGCAAAGACUUACUGUGGAGCAAAGACAGUGUCCACAAAGUACGUCCAAACAUGGCGUGACAAUCAACAAUGUCGACACAAAGAAGGAUGAAAACACCUGACAUAUUCUUGAUUGCUAGAACAAAUCAGAUGCGGGAUAUAACGCUCAAAAGAAGACAUGAAACUGCGAAAGGAAAAUACCGAAAACAAGAGAAGAAAAAACACCAAAAUAGGAGCGCAAGACAAGAAGUAAAACACUACACACAGGAAAACAGCAAAAAACUCAAAAUAAGCCAGGGUGUGAUAUGACAGGUAGUGGCAGUACACCUUCUUUGAGACAACAGCUAUAGUGAAUGAUUGUUUGGUUAUGCUUUAAAGUCAAAUCCAACAAUUGCGACAACGACUUUUUACAGAAUGCUGGACGACAGCAAAGACUUACUGUGGAGCAAAGACGGCGUUCACAAAGUACGUCCGAACAUGGCGUGACAAUCAACAAUAUCGACACAAAGAAGGAUUAAAAACAACUGAAAUAUUCUUGAUUGCUAAAACAAAUCAGAUGCGGGAAAUAUCGCUCAAAGGUAGACAUGAAACUGCUACAGGAAAAUAGCAAAAAAAGAGAAAAACAAAAACAAAAUAGGAGCGCUAGACAAAAAGUAAAACACUAAAAAACAGGAAAAAAGUCCAAAUAAAUGACAGGUGGUGACAGUACACCUACUUUGAGACAAGAGCUAUAGUGAUGCAUGCUUGGUUAUGCUUUAAAGUCACAUCCAACCAUUGCGUAACGACUUUUUACUGUCAACUGAGUUUUGUUUUUUUAAUGAUUUCUGCUGGUAGUGUGCCUCCGCAUUUUUUCAAACGUAAAAAAAUGUGCCUCGGGUCAAAAAAGGUUGAAAAAUACCGUUAUAAGUGACCAGAGACCAGUGUCCGAGAUCAAAACUUGGAAUAUAAUCCAACUAUUUUUAAGUUGAAGAAACAAUAUGAUUAGGUUAUAUAUAGCGAUGUCUGAUGAUAUCGGACUGAUGAUAUUAUCGACCGAUAAAUGCUUUAAAAUGUAAUUUCGUAAAUUAUCGGUAUCGGUUUUAAAAAGUAAAAUGCAUGACUUUUUAAAACGCCGCUGUACGGAGUGGUACACGGACGUAGGGAGAAGUACAGAGCGCCAAUAAACCUUAAAGGCACUGCCUUUAAGUGCUGGCCCACUCACAUAAUAUCUACGGCUUUUCACACACACAAGUGAAUGCAAGCAUACUUGGUCAACCGCCAUACAGGUCACACUGAGGGUGGCCGUUUCAACAACUUUAACACUGUUAGAAAUAUGCGCCACACUGUGAACCCACGCCAAACAAGAAGGACAAACACGUUUCGGUAGAAAAUCCGCACCGCAACACAACAUAAACACAACAGAACAAAUACCCAAAAUCCCUUGCAGCACUAACUCUUCUGGGACGCUACAAUAUACACAAUACACAAUAUACAUAUAUACAAACAAGAAUGACGAACACAUUUCGGGAGAACAUCCGUACCGUAACACAACAUAAACACAACAGAACAAAUACCCUGAACCCCUUGCAGCACUAACUCUUCCGGGACGCUACAAUAUACACACCCCCAUCCAAACCCCGCCCACCUCAACCUCCUCAUGCUCUCACAGGGAGACCAUGUCAUAAAUUCCAAGCUACUGUUCUGAGGCAUGUUAGAAAAAAAUAAUGCACUUUGUGACUUCAAUAAUAAAUACAGCAGUGCCAUGUUGGCAUUUUUUGAGUUGAUUUAUUUUGGAAAACCUUGUUACAUUGUUUAUUGCAUCCAGCGGGGCAUCACAACAAAAUUAGACAUAAUACUGUGUUCAUUCCAGGGCUGCAUAUAUCAGUAUCGGUUGAUAUCGGAAUCGGUAAUUAAGAGUUGGACAAUAUUCGAUAUCGGCAAAAAAGCCAUUAUCGGACAUCUCUAGUUAUAUAUAUAUGCGUAUAUCCUACAUAAACAAUGUGUGAAUACAUUAGAUAUCUAUAUAUCUUAGGGACCUACAGACUGUAUCGCAGAGAGUUUAUUCUAUCUUGACACUUUGUAUUGAUAUUUUCUAUUACAUUCUUCUUCCCUUAAAUUAUCAUGUUUACAGUGAUUGUUUUAUAUGUAUUUUUUAUUAAUGUCGCUUAGGAUAAAAGUGUCUGCCAAAUACUUCAUCAUAAACAUAAAUAAACACCUAAAAGUCUUUAUGUCAGCUAAAACCACCAACCUGUUUCAGUAGAUUCAGAAUAAAAGCAAAUUCUGUCUUACCCAACAAUGUUAGUAUUUGAAUAUUGUUUCGUAAAGACCUAUUCCUGCUUACAAUUAUACUGUUAAGAAAUUAUUGUCUUAUAUUUUGCCUAAAAUGAGAAUGCAUCAUAAUCAGGGGCGGCUGGUGAAUUUUUUUUUUAGGUGGGGCUGAAAAGUUUGUAAACCAGACCCCUCUAGCGGGGGCAUCCUCCCCCAGAAGAUUUUUUUGUGAUUUUCACAUACACAUGAAGCAUUCUGGUGCAUUCUGACAAAAUAAUGAAGACAAAAUAGAACAUUUUAAUAGGUUUGCAGAGAACUAUAUACAAUAUGGUGAUAUUCUUUUCACAAAAUACAACCAAUAGUACGUUAAAGGCCUACUGAAAGCCACUACUAGCGACCACGCAGUCUGAUAGUUUAUAUAUCAAUGAUGAAAUAUUAACAUUGCAACACAUGCCGAUACGGCCUUUUUAGUUUACUAAAUUGCAAUUUUAAAUUUCGCGGCGAAGUUUCCUGCUGAAACGUCGCGGUACGAUGAUGCGUGUGCGUGACGUCACGCAUUGUAGAGGACAUUUUGUUCCAGCAUCGUUCCCAGCUAUAAGUCUAUUUUCAUCGCAAAAUUCGACAGUAUUCUGGACAACUGUGUUGCUGAAUCUUUUGCAAUUUGUUCAAUAAAUAAUGGAGACGUCAAAGAAGAAAGCUGUAGGUGGGAAGCGGUGUAUUGUGGCCGCCUUUAGCAACACAAACACAGCCGGUGUUUCAUUGUUUACAUUCCCGAAAGAUGACAGUCAAGCUUUACUAUGGAACAGAGCGGUCAAGCGAACACGGUUGGAUUGGACCACACACACAAAGUACAGUGUAUUAUGCAGCGAUCAUUUCAAAAGCUUGUGUUUCGAAGAGGGUCCCUUGCGAAGGGCAGAGAUGGGCAUCGCCACCACCCGUCGACCUUCAGGUUGUACAGGUACGACCAUAUAAUCUCACUAAAACACUAGUAACACAGUAAGCAGAUAAGGGAUUUUCCAGAAUUAUCCUAGUAAAUUUGUCUAAUAACAUCUGAAUCGCUCCCACUGUGUAGUUUUGUUUUUUUCUAGUCCUUCACUGUCACUUUCCUCAUCCAUUAAUCUUACAUCUUUGCUCAAAUUAAUGGGGAAAUCGUCGCUUUCUCGGUCCGAAUCGCUCUCGCUGCUGGUGGCCAUGAUAGUAAACAAUGUUCAGAUGUGAGGAGCUCCACAACCCGUGACGUCACGCGCACAUCGUCUGCCACUUCCGGUACAGGCAAGGCUUUUUUAUUAGCGACCAAAAGUUGCGAACUUUAUCGUCGAUGUUCUCUACUAAAUCCUUCCAGCAAAAAUAUCGCAAAUUGAUCAAGUAUGACACAUAGAAUAGACCUGCUAUCCCCGCUUAAAUAAGAAAAUCUCAUUUCAGUAGGUCUUUAAAGUUAAAUCUGAAUUGUGAAAAGUAAUUCCCCCGAUUCCUAUUCCCAACAGUCCCCUCAUUUGAGCGGGAAAAGGCUGAACGCCAUCUUUGUUUUCGAACUAUCAGUUUAGGCUGCUCGCCGGCUCCUCAUCACCACUUCAAGAUGGCGGCCCAAUUUCUCGCCUCGCAGCAGCCAAUGCUGCGUCUGCUUCUAAGAUGUCCAUGUUCCUAGGAAUGCACUCACUUCCUGCUCCCCCACGACUUGUUUGUGUUGGAUGUAAAUAUUGUUGUUGUCAUGUGACCGCCUUCUCCGACUCGCUGUGACGGUUAGCUUGCAUUCAGGUUUGUAGCAUUUCACUUCCUCUCUCUUUCACUUUCUGUUUCCCAACCUGAGGGCAGUGAUAAUACAAUGAUCCAUAAACCAGGA